AUAAUGCAAAUGACGAUGGAGAAUGACUCUUCUGUGACUGAGUUUGUUUUUAUGGGAUUAACAGACCAACCUGAGUUACAGCUGCCUUUGUUUUUUGUGUUCUUGCUGAAUUAUACAGCUACUGUGAUGGGAAAUUUGAGCUUAAUGGUUCUUAUUUGUCUGAAUUCACACCUUCACACCCCAAUGUACUUUUUCUUGUUCAAUUUGUCCUUGGUUGAUUUCUGUUAUUCAUUUGUCUGUACCCCUAAAAUGCUGAUGGGUUUUGUUUCUGAAAAAAGCAUCAUAUCUUAUACAGGAUGCAUGUCUCAGCUAUUCUUUUUCUGCUUUUUUGUUAAUUCUGAGUGUUAUGUGCUGACAGCAAUGGCCUAUGAUCGUUAUGUGGCCAUCUGUAAGCCCUUGAUUUAUGCCAUCCUUAUGUCUCCUCGGAUGUGUUCCCUGCUAAUGAUUGGGUCCUACUUAAUGGGAUUUGCAAGUGCCAUGGCUCAUACUGGCUGCAUGAUUAGGCUCAGCUUUUGUGAUUCGAACAUCAUCAACCAUUACAUGUGUGAAAUAUUCCCCCUUCUCCAGCUCUCCUGCAGCAGUACCUAUGCCAAUGAACUUGUGAGCUCUCUUAUUGCCUGUAUAGUUGUCAUUGUAUCUGGUCUUGUUAUCUUAAUGUCAUAUGCUUCCAUCCUGUUAAAUGUUAUUCAGAUGUCAUCAGUUACAGGUUGGUCCAAAGCCAUGGGUACUUGUGGUUCCCACAUCAUAACUGUUAGUCUAUUCUAUGGUUCUGGGCUGCUUACUUAUGUCAAACCAGCAUCUGUUGAGUCUGUAGAUCAGGGGAAAUUUUUCUCAGUGUUUUAUACUCUUAUGGUUCCCAUGCUGAAUCCUCUUAUUUACAGUCUCAGGAACAAGGAUGUCAAACUUGCAGCAAAGAGAACCAUGAAGAGAAUCACAAUCUGA